CUGAGCAGUGGCAUUUACCAAACAGCCACGGCAUGCCACUCUCUCUGACAGCACCUCCCCGCCUGCUUAGGAGACAGACAGGCAGAGCUGAGAGCAGACUGUAGUGGACUGUCUGGCAAACACACCCUCAGAUCAGCAAGUGGGGAAAAACUGCUGAACAUGUCACAAGGAAAUAUCUCACGUCAUAAAACAACAGAGAAUGGAAUUAAAGCGAAGCCUCCAUACUCAGUGGAAACACCUUAUGGCUUCCAGAUUGAUCUGGACUUCCUCAAAUAUGUGGAUGACAUAGAAAAAGGCAACACCAUAAAAAGAGUUCCCAUUCUACGUCGAAGCAAGGGAUCCCGUGCCAGCACCCUCCCCAGGCACCUCAACCCUUCCGGGUAUGGCUGUCGUCCAAGUCCCUGGGGAUCCACUGGAGCUCUUGGCCCCCGAUCCCGACUGUCAGAUACCCACCCACAUGGCUACACGUCUUGGGCCCAUGAUUACAGGCGACCUCUCUCUCCCACCAGACUUAAAUCUAUGGCAGAAAUGGAGGCCAGGAUCAGGGAGUUUGAUGAGCAACCUCUUGGAGAGCACAUCAGACCCCACCUCCUUCGUGCAUCCAGCAUGCCGCUUACUGUUUUACUAAGACAAGAAUCAGAGUCCACGGACGAACGAAGCAGCCUCCAAAGUUCGAGGGAUCAGCUUGGAGGAAGAAACACCUCAUGUGAAGAUGUCUUCUCCUCUCCGGACAGCCCUCGCCCCCAGGACUGCUCGGGGCUGCUGAGGCGCCUGACUGAGGCACUGGAACGUGUGGGGGAGCUGGAGAUGGAAGUGAGGGUAGUUCCCGAGCUCAGAGCACAGAUCUGCAUCCUCCAGGAGGAGAGAGAAAGACUCCGCCUUGGCCUGGUCCUGAUCCCUCCUUCCACCAUCAAUGGAGCCACGGAGCCUUCUUCCUCGUCCGACUACAGCAAGAUGGAGAUGAAAAGACCUCAGCAUGAACAUCACAUCAGGUUUCCUAGAAAUUACAGCAUCAUUCAGGAUGAUUCAAAUCCCACACAUGAGUGGAAGACCAGUACGGACCUGGAUGAGCUUCUGACGGUGACGGCCCUGCAGGCCAAGGUGGCGAUGCUGGAGCAGAAGCUUCAUGAGACCAGCCUGGAGCUCCAUGGGGCGGUGGGGCUGCUGAAGGAGCAGCAGGAGGAGAGCAGGAGGAAAGAUGAGAAGAUGGACCAUCUCAUUAAGAAUCCUGGGGUUUGGGUCCGUGCAGAGAGGGUGAUGGUAGAACAGAACGGAGACGAGACGGUGGUGAGAUCCAUCGAACCAGAUUACAACAAAUCAUCCUCUUUCAUCUGCACAAGAACUGUCACCACAAACGCUGGAAGAAAUCAACAAGACUCCGUAACACUGACUGAAAGUAGUCGACUGGUGGAAGCUGCUGAUGCUUCAGCAGACAGCACAGACACAGCAGCGGUCGUUCAUCACAUCAAGAGGAUCAAGAGUCUCCUGGAUCAGCAGUGGGAGUGGGUGUGUGGAGGGACUAAAUCUGGAGACAAGGGUAAAAUCUUGAAGCAUCCAGAUCCUAAAGUCAACUCCCUUCAGCAGGAGAUGAUGGAGCUUGUUGACGUCCUCAUGUCCCACUACAACCAGCAUGGACACGGUGAUGGGGAGAAGAAACAGCAGGGAGCCUCUAAAUCCACCCUGAAGACGGAUCGAUGUGCCCAGACGUCCAAAAACCAGCACUCUGAGGUUGCUGAUGACGGACUCAGAAUGAGUGCAAGAGGAAAUAUGGUCAGCCUGGACUGCAGGAAUCAGAGUAACCAUGGUGAUUUGGAGCGCAGGGAGAUCAGAACUAGUCCUGGGAGGAUGGAUGCUGCCCUGGUAGAUGUAGAACCUGUGAGGAGAGGAGUGGAUGAAGAUUGGCCUGCUGGCCCAAACAGACAUGUGAUACCUGUGGGAACAGGAUCAGGACGAACAGGUGGAGGUGCAGCGUCGCUGGAAGCUCCAGAGAAAACGGCCAAAUCAAAACCCCCUGGAGAACAGAUGGGGGGAAAGUCUGGAUCAGAAACCAGCAGCAGGGAGAUGGUGAGUGCAGAUUUUAUGUCUGCAUGUCAUUUCCUCAGCGAUCACAUGGACAACAUGGAUAACCCCGACGACGAUAUGAGGAAGGCUCUGGUCACUCUGUUCCAGCACUGGUUUGGUGCUGCAGCAGAGGAGGCCUCCGAGGACUGCAGAGUGGCUGCAUACCUGAAAGAAGUCAAGAAGGCAACACCGUCCCUGCUGGCCUUUCUCGUCAACCUCGCAGAUGACAACGGCAAUACUGUGCUGCAUUACAGCGUAUCCCACUGCAACUACAGCAUCGUCGGCCUGCUGCUGGACACAGGUGUGAGUGAUGUGAAUGCUCAGAACAACACUGGCUACACAGCAGUGAUGCUGGCCUCUCUGACAGCUCCUGAUGGACCUGGUGGGAUGGAAGUUGUCCGCAAGCUAAUGGAACUGGGAAAUGUUAACAUUCGCUCCAGCCAGACGGGUCAGACAGCUUUGCACCUCGCAGUGAGACAUGGCCGAGUCGUUAUGGUGCGCCUGUUGCUAAGCUGUGGGGCAGAUGCUAACAUCCAGGACAACCAGGGAACGACGGCCCUCAUGUUCGCGUCCGAGAGGGGCCACACACACAUCGCAAGACUACUGCUGGAAAGAAGCCAGUGUGACCUAAAACUCAUGGACAAGCGGGGUCAGACUGCUCUGUCUGUUGCCAUGCGAGGUUCCCACACUGACACAGCCGCCCUGCUGCAGGCCCACGCUAAAGCUCGAGCUCUUUGAAACUGGAGGGAAUAUCGUCUUACACACAUGGUCUUUCACAUCUGAGGCGGUCACAACGAUGUUGCUGAAUUCUUGACUGAUGCAUGAUAUUCAAAUGUUGCUUUAUCCAAAUGAGUUAAAGCUUGGACGACUGCUGGUUUGUUGAUGCACUAUAAAAUGAAUGUGCUGAUUUCUGUUUUCCUUAUUGUUGGUGUAAGUUACCUUUAAACUUUGCACAUCCAUGUAAGCAGCUUAGCUCUGCAAACUAUGCAAUGGAAAAUGUAUUUAUUAUAAAAUGUUUUUUAACAUGAAUAUGUUAGCAAUAACACAAAAAAAAUCAAACAGUAACAUCUAUUUGUUUUAAGGGAGAUUUAAUGCAUAUAAAAUAGUAUUUUUGCAGCAGUUCAGAACCAUUUAAAGGAAAAUCCUGCAAAACGCUUGUCCCACCCUGCAUGCUGAACACAUGAAAGAUUAUAUUUCAUACCAAGAAACCAACCUGUUGAUUUCAUUCACUAGUUACUGCUAUAUCAAUGUGUAAACUGUCUCUUUCAAAUAAAAAAAAAAUAUAUAUAUAUAAAACAAAUGAUUCUACAUCCAGCAAACAGAAAUCAUUCAGCAGCUUUUAAUCUGCAGUGAUAAAUCUGACCAGCAGGUGGCAGACCUCUUCCAUGUCACCACCACUAACACUAGCAAAAUCAAACAUAAUAGAAAGCAACAGUAUACAGAAAUCGGGAAUUGUUAAAAGGAGCAUAUCCGAGGGAUUACAUCUAAUCCCUUUCAAGUGUGACAGACGUUGACUUGUGCUAAUUCCAGCAGGGAUGCGAGAUUCACCUGCAAACCAGCUGUGUGGCAGCCAGUGAGGAUCAGUCAGUCGUGAAAGCUGAUUUGUUUGGUUGGCCUUUGUUCCUCUAAAAUCCUGGGAAACUGUAAGAGGGCUAAAGGGUUAGAGUUGCUGCAAGGACUUAUGUUUUUGGGAUAAGACAAAAAGGAUUGAGGAAAGACGAGGAAGACACAAACUGCAAAGCCAUCUUGUUUCCCCCCUGCAGAUCUCAUACAGCUUGUCCUGCUGCAAUGACCCUGAGCACAUAUAUAGAUAUUUAUAUAUCAGUCACAAGGAAAAUAGGAUGGCUUUAUAAAAAAUGCAACUAUUCAUCAAAUGUUACUGAUAAAGGAUCAACACACAAACACAUGAAAACAAGGACAGAAAGGAAAAGAUGCAUCGAGUAAAACAGGUUGAAUAGGAAGCAAAUACUCCUGGUCAGAUCAUGGUCAGAUGCAUAGGAGGAAAUUCACCAUCCCCCACCCAAACAGGCUCUAAUGUCACAAUGAAUAAAGGGGCACAUCUCAGCUUUUGUCCAGCAGUGAACAUCUGUGACACCUCUUGUCUGCUGCAGGCACCAGAGGACUAAUAAAAACAAAAGUACUUAUUACAUAGGACUGUAAUGGUUUUGGUACAACAAGGAGGCUGAGUUUAAAGGCAUUUGCCCUCCUUCAUUUUAAUAAAGAUAAUGGACUGGAUUUGUUUACUACAGUGUUUCUGUCUGCUGAUGAAUCAGUCAAUUGAUGAAUGCAAAGCACCUUUCAGCCAGUCUAGGAUUUACUGAGACAGCAGGGUUUGGUACGACCAGCAGACUGGAGGGGCUGAUGUGAGUAAAUAAAAACAGAUAUUGCUGAGCAUUUUGAUGGUUAUAUUUAACUAAAGAAAAAAGCAAACAUUACCAUGUCUGACAUGUUUGGAGUUUCUUCAUCUUGGUCGAGAUUUUCAAAGCUUGUAGAGACUUAUGAAGCUGAAAGCUGUUUUAGUGGACUAGUGUUGAGCGAAGGGUCCUCAGUGAAUGAGAGAAGUCAGUAGAUUUAAUCAGGGGUUGAAUAUAUGACAGUUCUGGGUGAAACAGCUGCAGUGUCAGUAGGCCUGUCACAUUAUAAAACAAACACGUUGUCAUUUGUAUUACAUCUUUCAUUUUUGAGGGUUAAUGGCCUUUCAAUGACAUCAUCUAAUCUGCUAUACAGAUGACUUUCCUGUUUAUUCAAUGUAUUUGUCCACAAAGCCUGAGAGUCUAAAUGUAAAAUGUAAUUUUUCUUUUUAUUAUAAAUGGUGACAUCUACAUAUCUAACGUAAGGGGGGUGGGGAGUGCUCACAUUUUACUAGUAUAUUUGCAUCGCAUAGGAAUGUGAUGCAUUUUGGAAAAUCAACAAGAGCUAAAAAAAAGUUUUUUAGGUUCUUCAGAGCCGAGGGUCUCAAGUUUGGGAAUAAUUCUCUGUAGGUUAUGAGAAGCAACAAAGGAUAACAGAAAUUAUGUGUCCCAUAAAUAUGAAUCUGUACCUCAAGACAGUUGUUUAGAAGUUAAAAAUAAAAUAA